GCGCGCGCUCUUCACCUCUCAUCAUCCACAGACGAACAGUGAUACCAACAUGGCUUCUCAGACAAAAGUGAUCGCUUUUGCUUUGUUCAGCCUUUGCUUCGAUCAAUGGACUCGGGCCGGCACCGAAUUCUUAAAUGGAAGAUAAGAGAAGCUACAAUAUGAGUCCAGUCCGAGAGCGGGAUGACACUUUGAAGAAAAAGCUGCUCACGGAACCUGAAAAAGGCAUUAACCUAGUACCUACACCUUUUACCAAAGCUCUCAAAAGGGUCCCAUCCGGUGGCCUCAGCAUCUCAUCAUGUGGUUAUUCAUCUGCUGGUGGGAUGAGCAACCUCCCCCCUCGCUCUGGCAGCCCAGCCACAGGUCCUGGUCUCUCCACAGAGCACAGCUCCAUCUGCUCCUGGAGAUAUGAUGAGUUUGAGCGGGUGAACACACAGCGUGUGCGUCAGCUGUUUAACUCAGUGGAUGAGCUCCUGUACGAGGGAAGAGUCACCAGCCGCUCAGAGUCCCUGCAGGAGGAGUGUGAAGAGUGGAACAGCCACACCCCUCAUCUCAGGAUUUUAGGGAACCAGUUGGAGCCUCCAAAACAGGAGGGGGUUCAGUACAUAUGCAGAGAAGAAGGCACUGCCAGAACUUCUUACGUCCCUUCAGCCCCUUGCCUGGACAAGAGAGAAGAUCACAGAAAGCUGUAUAUAGCAGGCCAUGGUCUUGCUGCAGGGCUUUGGUCUGAGCAGUCUGUCCUGAGCCUCAGUUCUCCACGCUCUGAACAUUCAGUCUCCCUCACUGAGGAAGAGGAGGUGUACGAGGCAGAGGGCAUUAUAGAAGAGUUUCUGGCUUAUGAUAGAACAGAAAUAGAUGACGAGGAGAUGGAUCAGAGAACGUCGUCAUCUGUGGCCACCAAGGGAGUCCCUCCAGUGUCGCCCCAGGCAUGCAUCCGUGAUACAGUCACAGAUGAACUAUUUGAUGAUGUUUGGAAGGAGGUUGUAAGUUUACUGGAGGAGAUCUUGCACAAGUACUGGGUGAAACAACUCCCAGAUGGAACUACACAAAGGAGAGCAUUAGAGAACUCCAAUCAAGAACCUUCGUUUCAUCUUCCUGUUAAAGGCCCUCAUGUUCUGUUGUCUAGAGGUUCUAGCAGUAGGACCACAAUCCUGUCAACUGGUGGAAAUAAUGUACAGGACUCAAGUACCUUUAAGAUGAAUUUAAAUGGUGUUAUGACAAUCCAAGCAAAGCCACUGCAGCAGAGACAUCAGGGGUUUGGUGAGAGAUCGCUGUAUGACCCAGAUGAUGGACCGAGUGAGCUAAUGUGUGUAAAGACUCAGGCCCUAAGAGGUUCCGUUAUCCUGUCACAAAAACUCGCAGUCCAACGCAAACUUCCUAGACUCAACGGCAGGGUUCGGAUGUACCACAACCUCACAGGAAAUGGAAGCCAACUUCUGCGGGGAACUAAACUAUCUACUGUGAAUGAAAGCUUGUCAUCUCCACCGGCGAGUGCCAUACAUAGCCACAGGCUGCCUCAGAUUCACUCUGAGUCUCAAGAGCAAGAAUACUCUGCACCUGUUGCCAGACUUCUGCAGCUCAGAGGGAGGAUUUUAAGAGGUGGAGCAACCAGUGCCAUGCACCCAGUUAACAACCUCCCACCAUUAAGAGAACCCACCCUGAUGCUGGAAGCUCUUUCCCGACCCAAUACUACCCAAACAUUCAGAUCAGACACGCCUAUGAAAAGGUCCUUCACUCCUUUGGAUUUUGCCUGCCACAUGAGGACAGGUCGAGGUUGUUUGAAGGGUGAGAGCACACAUAUGGGAGUGACAGGCUUCAGUAUGGGUAUCACUUCUACAGCUAGCGGCUUUCUAGAGUGUUCAACACCCAGCAGAAGACGUUUGCCCAUCUCCUCCUGUACUGAUGCAGAGGGAGGAAACAUGCCCUUAUUUAGCUCUAUAGGUGGCCAGAAUCAUCGGAAACAUCUCACCCGGUUUCCUGUGCAUGUGAGAAAAAAAUUUCAACCAGUCGUGCCAUAACAGGCCAGUUCAUUUUGUAAUUGGACAAAACUGCAUAAUUUGUGCUGUCAUAGUCAUGAUAUCAGUUUAUGUGUUGUUUACUACCUAUAUUGGCACGACUUAUAGCUACAGACUGUCCACCAGUGCCUUACUUUCAUGGACUGGAGAGUUUUUUGCCAUGACCUCAACAUCUGAAACAAACAGCAAAAAUGAACUGAUCCACCAGCACAGUGUUCCCUGUGCCAAACACAAGACAUAUCCCGAAAUGUUUAAUUUACAUAUGUUUUGUUGCUUUUCGUAAAGCUAAUAUGAUGAUAGAAAACUAAUCAUAAAUGUUUUUCUUGUGGGUUAA